AUGGAAGGCGAUCAAUCGGAUGAGAUCUUCGACGAAUUUCCAUCUGACGAAGAAGAUGAAAUCAAGAAACUUCUGUUGACAAAAGAAAAAGAAUUAGCGAAAGCAGAGAUCGACCUAAUUAAACAAGAAGAAAAAAUUAAUGAUCUCAAUAAGCAAAUCGAUGAACUUCAUAAAGAGAUUUUGGCGAAAGAUUCGAGCUUAGAAGAAUUAAAUAAUACUAUAAAAGAGUAUAACUGGCAAAUGAUCAACAAAGAUUCUCGAAUCGGUGAUCUGGAUUCUAGUAUAAAAUAUCAACAAGAAGGGCAAAUAAAAUAUUUGCAAGACGAUCUUAAUAAAUGUAUGCAAAUAAAUAGCCAACUUCGGCUUCAACUAAAGCAGAAAGAUGAAGAAAUUGAAAUUCAACAACAGAGAUUGGAAAUAAUGAAAGAACAAGAAAGAGAAUCUGGUCGUCGUCUUCCACCCAGUGAGUCUGAAUUGAAAAUGUUGCAAGAAAAACUUGUGGACGCUCAUGAUACUAUUCGGAAGUUAAAUCAUAAGCUUGAAAAUGCGAAUAUGGAAUUAGAAAUUUACAAACAUCAAGCAAAUAUGGAUGAAGUUCGGAAAAUUAGCGGCAGCUAUAUGGAACCAGCUAAUAGUAUUAGUUCAGCAUUUCAUGAUGGAAAUUAUAUGGAGGAAUUGACAAAAGAAGCAAUCAAAUCGUCCAAAAAAAGCUUCGACCUAUCAGCGCAACUAAAAGAAUCGGAAAGUCAAAAAAAAUCCUUGAUGGAACGUGAAAAAUCUCUGGAAGAGGACCUUAAGAAAAUGAGUGUGGACAUUUGGUUAGCGAAAGAGCGAAUUGCAAAUCAAGAUCGUGAAUUAUCUGAGUUGCAUGGCGAAAAUGGUCGUUUAAAAGGUGAAAUCGAGCAUCUUCGUCAUCAACUUUCAACACGGCCAGUUGGCGAAAUUUCCACUGAUAAAGAAUUAAGAGAAGCACUCGAAAGGGCUUACAGCGAGCGCGACGCUAUUCGGGAGCAUUACAAUAAAAGCGAAUGGUUCUUGGGAGAGACAAAGGCGAGACUUGGAGAAAUGGAAUAUAGAUAUGGUGAUGCUGAAGCGAGAAGAAUUAACACGCAGUUCGAACUUGACCAGACUCGUUUAGAAAUAAAUCGUUUAGGCAGAGAGCUGGAUGAGGUUCGUCGUCUCAAAGAUUUGACGAAUGUGUCAUUACGCGACACCUUCCUUAUCAAAAGAGAUCCAAUGGGACAACGUGAAAAGUGGAAACUAGCGAUGUGGCUUUAUUCCUUGCUAGGUUGGAAAGAAAUUUAUAGGAAUGAAGAACAUUCGCCGCAUGAUAUCAAUAAUUAUCGAAGAAUAAAGUUUGAAAUUGCCGCUGGUCAUUCAACUCAAGCAGUGUUCUUAUUUGGAAGCUUUGUGAAUUGGGAAUGCGGUUUGGUAUGUACGAGAACGGAUGAUGGGACAAUGUUUAGUGUAUCGGUGGAUUUGCCGGAAGGUUAUUAUGAAUUUCUAUUUGUUGUCGAUGGAAAUUGGCAAACAAGUGACCGUUAUGAGGUCGUAUGGAAUAAUUUUGGCAAAAAAAACAACAGUAUUUAUGUUCACUAA